AUGGGUGCAACUCUGGUUCGAAUUCAUGAGUCUGCUGUGCUGAAGCGUGGAACCGGAGUCUCCCUAGCAGAGGCUCAAAAUAUGAAAUUUUGUUCGAGCCAGGUCAAGGAUACGCGUACCUGCCAUUUACGAUGCAUGGGAAGAGCAGCCAAAAUUUUGCAGUGGCGAAGGGCCCCAUUUUGGCCGACCCUCAGUGACCAUGCUCGAGACUCUAUUCAUGCACAGCUUGCGGAAUUUCUUCGCCAACUUCAUGCCAUCAAGAUGGAGAAACCUGGCCUCGUUGGCAGUGGGGUUUUUCACUCGACCCACUCUUCACUGAUUACGGCGCCGGCACAGCAGAUGGAGUCGUGGUUCAAUGAGCGCCUCCUUGUGUGCAAGGAAUUCAAUCGUGUUCCAUACAGUCACCCUUGA